AUGGACGGGGAAUUCAUGGCCGAAUGGCUAAGGAAUUUGAGUUUUAAGGUUGAGAAAGACGAGGAGCCAAAUGCGGAUGUGAAAACUUGGGGACAAAUGAGGCGAUGUGAGGAGGAGAAGAGCAACAAGAACAAGGAGAACAACAACGAGAGAAGCCAUCGGCCUCUGCCAAAGCUUUGCGAGAAGAGAAUCCAUCUCGAAGGACCAAGAAGAGAUUCGGAAAAGUUUUCAUUUCAAGAAGUGAAUAAUGAAGUGGUGGAAAUGAUCGAAGUUGGAGAACAUGGGGGAAAAGGGGAAGGAAAGCGAAUGGAAGAAGGGGGAAAUGGAGAAGGAGGAGAAGGAGAAGCAACUCCAAUGGAAGAAGGGGAGACGAGUCAACGGCAAUCAAGGAUUUUUGAUGAAACUCGCAUCUCUGCAUCUCCAUCGUUUUGGAGAGGAUCUAUUGGGUAUUCCCAUUCGAUUGAUCGAGAGAAAAUGAAGAUGCAAAUGGUUCAAAAUCGUAAAAUUGCUGAGCGAAUGUCUCCGUGGAAGAGAAUAUUGGAAAUUCAGAAAAAGUUGAAACGUCAACCGGCAAGACGCAAGUUUUCCCUUGUACAUGGACUGCUGACAGCGCCACCGAGAAGGAAUUCCAGUCAUCAUCAAUUCGGGAGAUAUCUUGAUGAAAGUGAGGCGACAAUGACGAGUCCAGUGAGAGCUUUAGAUGAUCACUUUUCUGUCUACGAAGUUGAGAACUCGCAGCCGGCCUCACUCCAAUCGUUGCAAAGAAAAACUCUU